CGAAUCGGUUGGUUGGUCCGUUGUCUCGGAGUAUCGUGUCGUAUAUUUUCCUUCGCGUACCGCACGUUAAACAGCCAGCGCCUAUAACCAGGAAGCAGUAAACUUUGGCGAGUACGAAAAAGGGGCGCAUGGCUCUAACAGUUUAUCGUGUUUAUUCUCUAUUAAGUUGUGGCACCACCAGUAGCACACUGAAAAAGCUCAACAAUUGUUAGUAUGUCGCGUUCGUGCUCUUUUAGCGUUUUAUCGUGCUCGUUUAAACUUGUUUCUGUUUUUCACGUUCUGUGGUGAGGCAAUUUUUUCAAUAGUCAAUUGAAAACGAACAAAAAAAAGCCGACAAAAUGCCAUCAUCAUCGGAGUGACGUAUGAUCAAAAUAAUCAUAAACUCUCACGUGCUACUGAGAAGUACUUCGUACGAUAACCAUUAUAACACAACCACUUCACAAGCCGCGAAUAGUCAUUCAGUUUUGGCUAAAUUUAGUCUAUCAGUGCUCGAAACUCCACCAAGCGACCACAAGCUCAACAAACGCGUUGAAUGAGAACGGUUUGAGCUUCCCCUCAUAACUUCCUGUUCUUCCACCAACUACGCGUUAUUUCAAUUCGCUAGAACCAAACUAUCAUCGCAAUAUGCCGUCACUAAGUACCUAAUAAUCAACUCCAUAAACACUCCUACUCGAAAGCAGCACCAAGAAAGAAGCAACAAAAUGCGCGCAAAAGCCGGCACACUGGACGAGAUUAGCAAAUCGAUCGCCGAGUCGGACGACGAUACGACGCGUUCCUCCUCGGGUGGAGGAUCAAGUGGAGCAGCUCAGCGAAAACCCGACCUGAGUCUGCUACGCAAACCGAUCCUGACGGCGGUGACCGGUUUUCUCGAAGCCCACAAAGCGUACGAAGCGGGCACCGAAGAGCUGCGUAAAUUGCUAACUAGCGAGUGUGAUCUGUUGUAUGAAUGUCGGGUUUGUCGCAACAUCUUUCGCAGCCUGACCAAUUUUAUAUCGCACAAGCGGGUGUACUGUCGGAAGCUGUUCAAUGCGGCUCAGAAUUUUCAUUUUCAAAAUGAUGGUUUUUUGGACCAAGACAUCGCCACAAUUCUGCAGGCCGAGCAGGAAAGUCAGCGAAAGGCGAAGCGUGUUCACGCAGACAUUCUGAACAAGGAUCUGUCCAGCAUAAUCGAGCGACUGAAACGCAAACAGCACAACAGUAACAGCGUCGAAAAUAACCUGACUGACUAUUACGAUAAGAUUAACUGUAAAAUAGCGCAAGAUGAUCUCAAACGGCAGCAGCACGUGCUCCAGCUGGACAGCGUUCCUCAUUCCCGGGCGGCCGUCUAUCAAACGGUUCGGCAUGGCAUCAUCGCCGACAACAUGCAGGCACAAGUCGGUGAGCUGGAAAAUUUGGCUAACAAUAAUAACACCGUGCUCGGGCUGGAUGGAAAAGUUCUGGAUCCGUCGUCACGGCCACAAUCGACGACAUCGGUGGCGUUUGAAUCUACAAAUCAGUAUUUUAAACCGAUUGAAACGGAUAAGGUACUGAACUGUCAUGAGUGUAAUUUGCAGUUCGAUACGGAAAGUAUGCUUCAGCUGCACGGUGAAAUGAAGCACACGCCAUCGACGUUUGUCUAUACAUGCCCUUCGUGUCCGCAAACCUUCAUGACGCCAGGAUCGGUGAUUCGACAUCUUAGUAAUGACCACAAAAAAUCUAUGCGCCGAAUAAAGUUGAUGCGCGAAGCCAUACUUAAGCGCCGCACCCGGAUGGAUGAAUUAGUGCUGAAAGCUCCAUCCAGAGAAGUGUCUCGUCUGUUACAAUCCGCCGCUGGAAGUAACACUCGCACCAGUUCACCCUUGGAUCAGAAACCAUCGGAGGAAGCACGUGAUGAGGCGGCCGCCACCCGAGCUUGGAUGGAAAAUCUGGAACAUUUCGAUCAUGGCCCAAUGUGUUCCUACUGUGGCAAAACGUUUGACCGCAAAGCGGUACUAGCGACCCACCGGCAGACCUGUACGCAAAAAAUCCGUCAGACGGAAAAUGGUGCUGUAUCGGUUCCACUACCUUCCAAAGCGGGAAACUCUUCCGGCAGGCGCAGUAAAGUGAAACAUUCUCCUGCUUCCCCACAGCUACCGGUUGGUGUUAAAAUUAAGCAGGAACCUGAAGAUUCUACGGCACAUAGCAGCGAUGAAUCCAACUCGAACGAUGUGCCGCUUGCGGCACUGCAAAGCCGAAUUCCUCAGGACCAAAUGGAAUCUACCAGCUGCGCUAGUGUAAGUGAAAGUGUGCUAACGAUCAAACCUGAAGAACUUGCGUCACUAAGCUGCACCGAAGGCAGCAGACGCAAACGUAAGAAGCCCACUAUAAUGCUUCGCAACGCCACCGACGACAUCAGUUGGGAACAGGACGAGCCCCAGCAAGAUUCGUCAGCGGAUAAAAAUGAAGAGUUGAUUGUACCUAACAUUAAGAAAGAACCGACAGAAUACACGGUUACUGUGAAGCUUCCACCAAAGGCCAAACGCGCACCACGGGUUCGAAAGAAACGCGCACAGGAAGAGGAACUCAACGAGAAGGAAAUGCGAGAACGGUUGGAGGUGAAUGGUGAGAUUGUGUGCCGAUGCGGUAAACGGUAUGAUGAUCCUGAAAAGUACAAACGUCAUUUAAGGGUGUUUCAUAAUCGCCAGCGCCGAUACUGGUGCGCUGUUUGUGACUUCAAGGGCUACCGGAAGGUGGACACGGUUAAUCAUUUGUUGCAGGAUCACAGCUACAAAGGCGACCAGAAAGAUAUUGGUUCGUUGAUAAAUAUCCAACCAGUCGAGAAAGACGAUAAAAUUCUGCCAGAAGAAACAACACAACCAAUAAGCUCUGUUAUUGAGAGUGUUAACCGUAAUUGUGAUACCAGUGGAACUGACAUAUCCUUCACCGAGUCCACUGCCUGCAACGCUUCCGUUGACACUUCCAAUACAGCAGCUGAUCUAACAAACGCAAACCUAGCGCCACCAGUACGGGAACUCGAUGAAUCACCCCGGAAACGCGCUCGACAAAAAAUUGUCCGAGAGUCACUUUCCCUGUUGAAAGACUCCGACAGCAAAUCAAAAGUCGUGGAACAAAAAGACGACGACUGUACUAGUCCUACCUCGAAGCGGCCUAUAAGAAACCGCAUCAAACCUGUAGACAAAGAUUUCGUUUAUGAUCUGACCCAUUUUCUCCAUAAGGAAGAAGAUCUCGAAGAUUUUCCGCUACCUGAACUAGUCGUGGAUAAGCCUGUGGUAUCCCCCAUUAAACCUAAAUCCGAACCUAGUCGUACACCUUCCGCGUCCCAAUCGGCGGAAAAACGAGUGGAAAACAAACGGGAAACCCUGCGAUCCCAUGCUCCUAAGCCCAAGCUACUGCCACCGGAGUUAACACGGGGAGCAGCUUAUCAAAUGGCCAAGCGGCAGGUGGACCAAGGUCUAGCAGCAUUCUAUCGGCUGCCCGAGCUUCCUCAAGAACGUGCCUUUAACCCGGGGAGAAUAUCUCCGCAGAAAAAACGCUCUGUAACUGGCAUCCAAGAUUGGCCCGUGAUAAAGAAAGAGCGCAAAUCCGGGUCGAUCACCAAGGAUAAAUCCGACAGACAAAUCAAACGCAAGUAUACGAAACGUGCCUCAACCGGCUCUAUUCUGCCGGAGUUGAUUCGAGAGAAGCGAAAAUCCAUCCCCCGGCGCAACAGUGUCGUUCCGUUGCCCCAGAAAAUCUCCGCUUCGAUAGAGAUUCUUAAUAAGUUGAACGCGUCCCGAAGUGCAGCGGGACUGGAGGUGGUCCGGAUGACCGAUUUUCCGGUUAUGGUAAAGUGUCCGACCGAGGCCGAAUUCCGUCGCUACAUAGAGGCUCACCUGACGGAUCACCGGGCAAAACUGUCUCAGGUUAACCUCAACGGUACCACAGCGGAAGAUGUUGGUAUCGUUUCACUGUCGGCAGAGCCUCGAAAACGUAUCACCCUAAUGCAGCGGCUGCAGGAGAACAGAAGCAAGCGAUUACAGCAAACUACCAGCCCGGCCAAAUCGGAUGGAACUGCACCAACGGUACCUUCGUCUCUAAACGGGGACACUUCCAAACCGUUGAAAGUAACCGAAUUGCUGCAAGCCAAAUUAAAAAGAUGUUCAUCGAUGUAAGCUUAGCUUAGCGAAAAAUGAAUUAGUUUUCAUAUAAUUAGGACGCAGUUUUUAGUGCUUUACUUUCGCUUUGGUUUCUCGAAAGAGACAGAUAUGAGAUAGAUCAACAUUAUUGAAGCAUUUCAAUUGGAUUUUAAGUUUUUAACAAACAAUUUUUAUUCGGUUACCAGCAUUUGUUUUUGUGCGCACUGCGUAUUACGUUACACUAGCAUUGUUUUCAGUUUGUACGAUAACUUACCGCCAGAACCUUACGUAUUCCGUAGUAGGAUUAGAAACUAGCAUUAAAUUUGUGAUUGCUAGAGGUUAUUUUUCACGACAAACAUACAAUUGUUUCAACCUGUGAAGGGAAAUCUAGUUCAAAACCAACCUGAGUGUGUGUGUACCGUUUGGUUAGAGAAAAGUAGUAAACUUACUACGAACGACUUGUAAAUAAAACAGAAAAACCGGCAACGGACGAAGUAA